AUGCAUUUUCAUGACCAAACAUUUCCAAAAGACAUGAAACGUUUGUACCAAAGUGAUUCAGAUGGUGGGGAUGAUAAUAUUGACCUUAGUCCAAAUUCAAUGAUUUAUGAUUUUGAACAUGUGAAUAAUAGGAAAAAGCGUCGUGGUAUUAUUGAAAAACGUCGACGAGAUAGAAUUAAUCAUAGUUUAGCGGAAUUAAGACGACUUGUACCACAAGCCAUACAAAAAGAAGGUUCAACUAAAUUAGAAAAAGCAGAGAUUUUACAAAUGACUGUUGAACAUUUGAGAACACUUCAACAAAAAGAUUCAUCUCACUGGACGUUUGAUUCGACAGAUUAUCGUUCCAUAGGUUUUCGUGAAUGUAUUGAUGAAGUUUCACGGUAUCUGAUAUCAAAUGAAGGUUUCGAUGUACAACAUCCUUUACGUCUUCGUCUUUUGUCACAUUUGGAAUGUUUUACUGAUCGUGAUGUUAAUAAUGACACAAAAACAACAACAGUUAUCGACAAUGAAGGAGAAUUAGUCGAUAGUCACAAGUGGCAACAAAACGAAGCAUUAUUUCAAUUUCCUUCAUCAUGGUCGCAAGCACCAAAUGCUUCAUGUUUAGAACAACCAAGUGCCUUUAUAACUCCAACGACAGCCAUGUUUCAAAAUAAACCUUUUAAUUCGUCGUCCUACAUGGCAAAUCCAUCAUUAACAUCGUGUUAUCAUGCAACAUUUAAUAUGAAUGUAACAAGUCAUCUAAUACCCGAUGUGCCCUACAAUGUAUUUUCACAAAUGACUACAUCAUCUUCUACGCAAAAUAGUAGUGACAAAUCAAUAAUAGUCGAUGAUCAUCAGAUAAUUCCAUUUCAUAAUUCAGGAUCAUCUUGUACUGUUUCUCAAAAAAGUCAACCCAUGUAA